AAGAUAUGGCUGCCCUGGAGAAGGAUUAUGAAGAGGUUGGCACUGACAGCAUGGGAGAGGAGGAUGAAGAGGGAGAGGAGUAUUAAGUUAAAGGGCCAAACAUCAUCCGGGCUUUUCAUAUCACAUAUUGCAAAAGUUAUCAUGAAUGCGACACAUUCCCAAAAACACUGAUAAAUUGUGGUCAGUGAUCAAUUAUCAGUAUUAUCAAUAAAAUGUUCUCAUGAACCUUUUAAAUGAUGAAUUGUGGUUAUUCAUGAACUCGUCCAGCCUUGGCAGUCUAUUUAACAAAUAUUUUGUUGUAGAUUACUACAACAACAAUCGCAGAAUACCUUGCAGCCUAGAGACUAAUACGCAUUUCAUACUGCGUCAUCUAAAGUGGUCUCAGACCAAUUAAUUAUGUAUUUAACUGUUACAGCUGUUACAGAUUAUAACGUUUGCUUUAUUUGCUAUUAAUACAAAGGCUUUUUUCCAGCAGAGAUAUGCUGGAUUUCAGAAUGUGUAUUUAAGUGCAGCUCCCGUUCAUUUACAAAGGAAAUUCUAGCUUCUCGGUCUUUGCCAAUUUCCUGCCCUUUUGUGCCAUGAUGAUAAUCCAUAAAGUAGACAACGGGCUGGGCCGGCCUUGUACCUGCAGUUGCUUCUCUCAGCCACUAGAUGGGAACAAGGUGACCAGCUAGUAAAGCUGUGUUACUUUUUUUUAGUCCUAUUGAUAUUUAGUCAUUUAAACAUGGCUGACUAGUCUAUGAGCUCUUCAUGUGUGAUCCCGAUGAGUCACACACUUAAAGCCCACUUCUUUACACUUCUCUGUUCUACUAAAUGUAAGUGCUAUAUAUAAAGGGCAAUAUAUGUAUUAAGAACAGAACUAUUAUCAGUUAAAAGCACUUAAAGUAUUAUAGUAUUAUUAUUAAAUUAAAAUUAAAUUAUUAUAGGCCUGAAUAUUAUAUUAUUGGAUAAUAAUUAUUGUACUUGUGACAAUACAUUUGUUAGAAGCAUUUUAAGGUUAAAGUUGGUCAUCCCCAAUGUUGACUACUUCUCAUUGUGUGCUUCAAUGUAUUAGAAUGAAUACAUUUCCAAACGAUUGCUGUCAGAUACAUUUAGCUAGUGUAGUAAAUGUUUAAUGGGAAAUGAUCGAGUAAAGUUCAAGUACCUUAACAUAGUUACCUUAGCAUAGUGGGCCGCUUGAGUAAAUUCAACAUGUCACCACUGCAUUGGUAACACAGUGACAUGGAAUUGCUUAGAAAAUCUAUGGGAUAAUAAUUUGGUUUAUAUGUCAAGUUGCUGGUUUCAUAAGCAACAAUAGCACGGGAGCAACAGGCAGCGGUUCGGCGCAGGGCGGGUCUGGCGACGUUUCCAAACUCUCGCACGUUCCAGACGCUCUAUUUCUCUCUCUCAGCUGAUCGUGACGUAGCGCGUGCAGCUUAGAACAGCACACGAGGCGAGCAAGGCCGAACGUCCGUCUGUUUUUUUGUUGUUGUAUCUGUUGGGGACCGUGGAGUAGACCGCGGAGGCAUAACGGAACACCGCAGACAUAAUAGUGUUUUUUAGAGAAUAGUAUUUUGUGUCUGGGCGGUGGAGAGAAGGACCGAGAGGGGAGGAGGGGGCAGGCUGUAUGUGCGGCUGUCACGAAGAGAGGGAGAGCCUGCAUACCAGAACCAGAGACACCGCUAUCAUAACUAAUUCAUGGUCGCUCCAAAGCGGUGGACAGACUGCUAAACUGCUCACUCAUAUCCCGAAAAACUGAGACGGGGGCGGUGUGGUGACGAGUGACAGGAGGCAACAUGGUGGACUACUAUAACGUCCUGGGAGUGUCCAAAACAGCCUCUCAGGAUGACAUCAAGAAGGCGUACAGGAAACUGGCACUGAAAUGGCAUCCAGACAAAAAUCCUGACAACAAAGAGGAGGCAGAGAGAAAGUUCAAAGAACUGUCGGAGGCCUAUGAAGUCCUCUCUGACACGAGUCAGCGUGAUGCAUACGACAGAUAUGGAAAUGACAGCGCGCGACACACAGGUUCCUCCAGCUCGGACUUUUCAUCAGAUUUCCCAGGAUUCACCUUCACAUUCCGCAACCCAGAUGAGGUUUUCAGAGAGUUUUUUGGCAGCCAGGAUCCCUUUGCUAACUUUUUUGAUGACUUCUCAUCCUUUGGAGGCUCGUCCUCUCGCCUCGGCCCCAGUCGGUUCUUUUCUUUCCCUUCAGCACGAGUUGAUUUUACGUCCUUCUCCUCUUCCUUGGGUGGUCUGGAUGGGAUGGACAGCAUGGGCGGAGGGAUGGGCAACUUCAAAUCAGUUUCUACCUCCACUCGCAUCAUAAAUGGAAAACGCACCACCACCAAGAAGGUAAAGGAGAAUGGGCAGGAGAGAACAGAGAUUGAGGAGGAUGGAGUGUUAAAGAGCGUCCUAAUUAAUGGUGUGGAGGACGGAAUGGCCCUCGCACUGGAGCUGAGCCGACGAGAGGGACAGCACCGUCACUCACCUCAGAAGCCACACAUCCAACACAGAUCACCCGCCGAUCCCGACAGACCCCACCCGAGCCCUCACUCUGCACCCACACACCGGUCACUUAGCUCCGCCCCCUUCUACAACUACGGGCUGACGGGCAGCAGCGAGGAUGACGAAGCAGACGAAGACCUGCAGAUGGCUUUGGCAUGCAGCCUGUCAGAAAUGGAAGCCCAGCAGAGAGCAGCCGCUACCAACUUCAUAUCAGGUGCUGGGGGUGUGGGCAGAGCCAUGAGCGACAAAAGUGGUGGCCUUAAAGGAGGCGGGGUUUUUAAGACUACACAUUUUCAUGUGGUUAAUACUGAAAAGGUGGUGGCAGGGGAGAGAGAUGAAGAGGGGAAGUUUAAAAUGGGCUCAGGGCCUGGAGCUGGGUGGGGAACGGAGGAAAAGGAAACCAGGGAAGCAGACUUCUCUCCUGAGUCCUCCACAACCGCCAACACUACGCCACUAAGCCAGAGCAGUGAAGAGGAGUCUGAACCUGCCAUGAAACAAAAGGAUGGCAGUGUGAAAAAGAAAAAGAAGUGUGGGUGUAUUAUGUGCUAAUGCGGUGUGUGUGUGUGUGUGUGUGCAUUUGCAAUGCCUUAUUUUUUAUAAUCACCUCAGUGUUCUGCCUACAGCCAAACUCUAAUGUUAUGUAGUUGCCAAAAGAGGAUUGUGUCUGAAUGUGUGUGAAUUUGCCAAAUAUUUAUGCAGACUGAAAAGAGUGGGAUUCAGUGGACUUCAGAUGUGGAUGUAGAUGUGUGUUGCGUGUGCGUGUGUGUGUGUGUGUGUGUUUUGCUGUGUGUGUGGUACAGCUGAGAGCCCGCCAUAGACGUUUCCCAUUCUGAUUCUCUGGCAAAGGGAAUGUAUCAGAACUGUGGCACAAGCUCAGUCUGAAACAAAAGAUCAAAAUCAAAUAGUUUUAGAAAGAUAUCUGUGUUUAUCGGUCAGCUGACAGUCAUUUCUAGAAUAUAUAUAAAAGCAAAAACACUGUGUAAAUACACUCCCAGUCAGAAUUGUUCAAACCGGUAGCACAACUUCUACUCAGAGUUGCAAGAGUAAGGAUCGAAUGUAUCAUUCAUGUACAUGUCUUGGCCUUUAUGCCCUUACUAAAAUAUCAUAACCGUGUUUGGUCAGAUCAUAGGUUGGGGGGGGCAGGGCACUUUAUGAAGUUAGAGCACAGUGUACAAUGGGUGCAGCAUUAUGACGGAUUGUAAACCACAGUUACAAUUAAUCAUCAGAUACAUAUUUUCAUAUUUUGAUCCUUUUGGUGCCUUUGCAUGUUUUAACUACUUUACUACGUGUUUAAUGUGCCAAGUUAGAAAAACGACUAUUGUAUUUAAAGCAAAGCAAAUGACAAAGCUCUACAUUAGCGGUUGGGAGUGUUGUCAGGUGUCCUGAGAGUACAAUGUGCGAAAAUAUGGAGCUUCAUCUCCAAAUCGAUGCUAUCUUUGAUUUCCCUUUGACUGCUUUGAACUGCCAGGGUAGCAGAAGUGCUGUAGCUGUGUUACCCGUCUAUCAACAGCUGUGGAUUAAUUGCAACCUCAAGCAAAAACACUUAACCCCACCUGCUCCAGUUCAGCUGUAGUGUGCUGCUGACUGCUGAAAUAAGAUUGCAUUAAUAGUUAAAGUAUUAAUAUUCUGCCUUCACUUUCAAAGAUAACUAUCAUCACUGGUAAAAGUCAAGCACAGCUGUGAGAACACAUCAUUUUUUUAAAUACUCGAGUAAUUGCUGUUGUCUCUGUUUAUGAUUUCUCCUCUUCAGACAUUUAUUGCGUAUGAAGAGAAGAUGAGAAACAGGCAGAUGGUUCCUCUUGCUAAUAUCUGCCUGUAUUUUUGUACUACAUGAACUUCCAUGUGUUUGAAUUUUUUUUUUAUUUUCAGAUUGUUAAAAGGGAAGUAACAAAUAAAGAUUGAGCUGAAGAGGAUAAUUGGGAUUUUUGAUUUUUGAUUUCAGAAUAUGGCAGUAAUAGUUCUGCAUUAGUGACACUGAUUUCAUGCUGUACUAGUACUACCAUUACUACUAAAUUAACAACGAUACAUGAGAGGAACUGAAGUGGGGUUUUCCCUGUCAUUCAAUCUGAACCUGGUCAACAGAACCUGAUCAGUGUGUUUACAUUUGAUGUCACUUGGUUUGUUGUUCAUACUGACCCUUUACUCUCCCUCACAAGCUGCGUGUUGAUGCUGAAGUCUGUUUCUCGUCUCUCUGCUCUCAUGGCCUGUGUUGUGCAAGAGAGUUUCUCCUGUUUUCAGUUCAAACUAAGUUGUUUUAAGAUCGACAUUGCAACUGUUAGCUUGAUAAAAAAAGAAGACCGUUCUCAAGAUCUAGCUUUUCUCUUCUCCGGUAAAUUUGUAACCAAACCCUGUAAGAAAAGAAACCUACAUCUCCUAUCCUAUCCUAUCCUGCACCACUUAUCACAAAUUUGAAAUAUAUGAAAUCAUUCUUUUGUUUGUCUUACACUCCCUGCUUCCUGUUUCAGACUCAGACUUCGAGGCCUUCACAAGCUAACCUGAUUGGCUCAUGCUGUGCUGUGCCCUAGCCCCGCCGUGAGGUAAAGAACCAGUGUGACCCUGAAGCACCCUGAGAGUUGCCCCAUAAGCCUUCAUGUAGACGAUGAUCUUUCACAGGAGUCAUGUUUAUAUCAGGUGAUGCCUACAGUAUUUGCAUUACUGAUACGUUGUAACAUGUCCUUGUACAUCUAUUCCGACAGGUCAAACACUUGUCCCUCUCUGCCCACCAUGGCUACUACCUGCUGAAUGACACUUAAUGACAUGACACGAAAGAUACAUAUGUGUGUGUUUCUAUGUAUAUGUGUGAGUGUGUGUACUAAGCUCAUUGUGGAGCACAAAGACUGGAAAGAUGUAUUUUGAAACCCAAGGGAAUAGUUUUAAGUAAUAUCUGCAUUAACUAACACUGUUUCAGCUUAAUUCUAAUUUGAAUUAUGUCUGCAAGUGGAAACUGGUGGAAACAAAUAGAAACUUGUUUCUAGACAUAUAAAGCAGAGGAAAUAAAGCAUCUCCUGCUGACUACUCUGUAUCAGUCCGUGGUAGUUUAUCUUUGUAACGAGAAUUGUCAGGGUCAGUAUCACAGAAUUGAAGAUUAAAAAUGCCAAAAAGUUAAUUUGAGGUUAAAAUAGAUCUACUUGGCAUAUUGUAAUACAGUUGUUUUUGGCUGUUCUACCCUUGUGCUGCUAUUGAUUGCACUUUUGAUGCACUAUUGAUACAUUUUGAAUAAUACAUGUAAAUAGCUUAAAAUAGAUGAGACAGACUAACCUGUCUCAUGUACCUAAAGCUUGAUUUAUUGAACAAAAAGACACACCCACUAAACAUCAGGGGUUUUGAAAAUGAGCUUGAGGCUUGUUUUUAGUUGUUUUUUUUUGCUGCAUCACGUCACAAAUUUAUUCAAGUCAAGUCAAAAAUACAUUUUUAUAGAUAUUUUCUGAUAUUAUCUGUCUGCUACAUGAAAUAAACACAAUCAUCAGGAGGGAUUAUUUACAUUAAUCACAAGGUUUUACACUGAGUAAGACAAUAAAAGAACCCAAACAAAGGUACUUUGUGUGCAGAACGAGAGAGAGACAAGGCAAGGCGUACUUGGUGGUCAACGUACAGCAUCCGUUACAAAAGGACCAGGGCUUAAAGCAAACCAUCAUGUUGUCAUGGCAGACGAGAAUAAAAACCUGCUGGAAAUCAACGCACACUAGACGGAAGCAUACAGUUACAACACACUCAGAGAGUUGAAAUGAAAUGAAACCUUACUGUGUAUCAGCCAGAUGGAGGCCUCACAAAUUUGACACGUUUGUGAAAGGGUGUAACAUCAUUUUAACAAUAUACCAAAGAAAACUUGUAACGUUCAACAGAACAGCCAAACGAACCCUCUGUGUUGGUGGUAAAUCAUCUGUUGAUGGCGGAGGUAAUCAUGUCAUCAUGUCCAGUAAAAUGGGAAAAUGAAGCAAAGAUGGAAUCAAAUGGAAGCCGAUAGGUAAACAGUGUUACACUUUAUCAUUACGACCAUAAACAGAAGUGCAUUCUAUGCUGUCAGACUCAGGGGAAAGUUAAAGGGCACAGUAGAUCACCCUUUGUCUAAUUAGGUAGAAACGUCAGAGAGAAAAGAUCACAUUUGUACCAUAUUGGUAAAACGAUUUGAUCUUCUGUCCAUAUUUACAUCCUGCCAAAAAUAAUUUAAUUAAGUUCCAAAAAGUUUUAUAAACCCAGAGAAUGUGUAGAUGGUAAAAUACUGCAUGCUGAAAACAAGAGCAGUAACUGCUCCAAGUGUGGUUGAGCAAAUUCUUAUUUACAGGGAUGGCCAGACAUACAUGACGAGAUCGUACGAGCGUGUCCUCACGAGUAAUUCGUUCUGUGUGCCUGUGGAUGUCCCCGACGCGUCCUCGGCUCACUGUGGCAAGGCUUUCAAGAUGGCGUUCACCUCCUCGGCUACUGCUGUCAGCGCAAACUCAAACUGGUCCUGGUCAGGACGAGAGGUGGGGAACAGAAAUAACAAGAUGGGAGUGGAAGAGUGGAAGGUGUGAGAAGGGGAUGGUUAGAGAUCGCACUGAGGGAGACAACUGGAUUAUGAUGGAUGGACGUCCACUUUAAAAGUGCUGAAAUAGUGCAAACACAGACAGACUCAUGGUACCUUGGUGCGGACUAUGCUAGGUCUCUGGUCUCUGAUGUGCUCCAGUGAGGCUGCGAUGUCAAUCUCUUUCACUCCUAACAGGAACAGUAAAAUCAUCACUACCACAGUUUUUGACUCUGGUGCUACAGAAGAUAAGAACCUUCUCUCUAAGCCUUCAUUAAAACGUUGAAAACAGGAAGGAACUAAUCCCAACAACUAAGAAAACAAUUGUGGUGCUAUCCAACUGACAUUAGCUCGACAAGGUAAAAUAAACCUUCAGUGUUUUUACUUUAUUGCGACUACAGCCCCUCCUGCUGUCUACAAAAGGUAACACAUCCGUGUAGGCAAACCUCUGCACAAAUCCACUCUCUCACCAAAUGUUGACCUUGUCGUCUUUUCAAAAUAUUUAGGUACUGAAUUAUAUCCUAUAUAAAUGUGUGCGAGCGACUCACCCUUGGCCAUGCGGUUCAGCACCAUGUCGAUGAGGAUGUACGCGCCAGUCCGGCUAGUGCCAUCACUGUGAGAGUGACAGGUAUGAAGGAAAUUGUCAAUCCACAUGUAAUUCUCCAAAAAGUGUUCUACCUCAAUCUGCUUUCCAAACACAUAAUCAUAUUGGUCAUAUUGUACGAUUCUACCAAUUCUCAUGUUUCACAGAAAUCAUUCGAUUUUUUUUUUUUU